AUGGAACCAAUAAAAUUUUUAACGGAAAUCGUUUUAAAGGUUGUUGAAUUCCUCGCAGAUGAUAUUACAACUUUACAUUCAUGCAUUUUAGUAAAUAGGGAAUGGUGUAAGAUUACUAUUCCAAUUUUAUGGAGUAAUACGUUUAGACAAAUCAAACCUUAUAAUAACGUAUAUUCUCCUGAAGAAAAUCAGAUCAUCUCCACUUAUAUAAUGGAACUUUCCGACAAAUCAAUCGAUUUGUUAAACGGUUAUGGAAUUAGAUUUCCGGCGACGUUAACUCAACAAAAGAUGUUAUUUGACUAUUCAAAAUUUUUACGACAUUUGGAUAUGUAUCGUUUAAAAAUGUUCGUCAGAUCUUGGCUCUACUUUACAACAAGGGACACAAUAAGACGUUAUACGUCCGAUCAGAUUCAGAAAAUGUCUAUUGUUUUAUUAAAUCAUUUCCUACGACAAACUCCGUAUUUAAUUUCUUUGAAAUUUACGAAUUCAGAUACGACGGAACCUAUCAUUACGGCCUUACAAGAUAUACCCGAGGCGAGAAGUUGUUUAUCAAAAUUGAAAAAUCUUAAGCAAUAUUAUUGUACACAUCCGGCCAAGACUGCUUUAUUUUCACAAUUAGCAAAGUAUUCAUUGAAUAUCGAAUACCUGGAUAUAGCGAUUGAUUCACAAAUAUCAGAAUUGUUAACGUUAAUAUUCGCUCAAAGAAAUUUAAAAAGAUUAUCGAUUCGUUAUAAAGGCGCUAUCUUAUCAAAUGUUGAACUUUGGGCCAAUGAUGAAACGGGUCCCGUAAUGCCACAACGAGAAAUUUUAAUAACUCAUCUGAAAUUGGAAACCGUUAAUUUUCCUUUAUUAGCCCUUUAUAAAUUCGAAAACUUAAUAGAACUAGAUUUAAAAACUUGUGGUUAUCAAGGAUAUAGUAAAGAUGAUUUAAAUCAUUUCUCAAAAGCUUCAUUUAAACAUUUAGAAAUAUUUUCUUUUGAAAGUAAAUAUCCCAUCUAUUUAGAAUCUUUUGCCGGGUUAAUAAGAAGUUCGGGGGAAAAUUUAAAAUCUUUAACAUUACAUGGGUGUCAGAUAGAAGAUCCGGAGAACGCUCAAAAGCUUCUCGUCUCAUUGGCGAAUUAUUCACCAAAUAUAAUGUUUUAUGAUGGACCUAUAUUAGAGGAUAAUAUUUGUGAACUAGAAUCAAUGUUGGAUAAUU